AGUGUUCAAGGCAAAUGACCAUGGGUGAAGCAUGGCUUUAGGUCUAUAGACUUUGGGGAGGAGGCUUUAAGGGCUCUGGCUCUUUGUUGUCCUGGACAUUAGGUAAACAUUUGGCCUUUCAAAAGCUUCAAUAGAAAACUAAAUAAUAGGGAAACUCUUAAGUGGGGUAUGGAAUUAAUCAUUGAUUUGUAGGGUUUUGUAGCACUUUAGCGCAAGGCUUACUGGGAACUGGUCCGCAGCUCUGUGGCCAACAGAUUCUUGAGCAACGCGAUCGCCUGGACGGUUAAAAUUAGCCAUUCGUCUUCCUCUGAGAAGAUCUUUCCAGGAAAGCUGGGAAAAAGAAAGAGGACAAAAUGAAUCCAAUGGUGGAAGCUUGUGCUUGCUUUUUGGGCUUUUUGGGCUGGAUUAUGGUUGGUGUGGCCCUUCCACACCGGUACUGGAAGGAGUCUACGGUGGAUGGUAACGUUAUUACCACCUCGACCAUCUAUGAAAAUUUGUGGAUGUCCUGUGCAACGGACUCUACGGGGGUUCACAACUGCCGCGAAUUUCCAUCCUUGCUUGCCCUAAACGGGUACAUUCAGGCGUCCCGAGCGCUGAUGAUCGCCUCCAUUGUGUUUGGGACGUUUGGCCUCGUGGCGACUCUCGUAGGGAUGCAGUGCACCAAAGUGUGCGGAGAAAACUACAUCCUGAAAGGGAGAAUCACGGCCAUCGGAGGGGUGUUCUUUUUACUUCAAGGGCUUUGCACCAUGAUUGCUGUGUCUUGGUAUGCGGCCAACAUCACUCAGGAGUUCUUUGACCCGUUUUAUCCAGGGACAAAGUAUGAGAUUGGACAGGGCCUCUACAUCGGCUGGUCGUCUGCCGUACUCGCCCUCUGUGGAGGCUCCUGCCUGCUGUGUGCUUGCAAGCUAAACUCGUCCGAUGAAAAGAUCCCCUACCCGUACCAGCCAGCCUCCAGAGGACAUGUGCUGUCUACCGUGGCGACGUCUCAGUCGGCGCCAAGCAACUACGGCAGGAACGCGUAUGUCUGAGCGCCGUCCGAGGAAAAGUCAAUCCAGCAGAUCCUUUCUUUUCUUUAACUAAUAAUGAAGGUUUAAAUUUGCAAGGUAUGCCAACAAACGACCAUGUGAAUGAUUAACGGUACUUGAUUUUGUGAAUCUGCUGUAAACUGUAAGAAAUAUUUUAACUCCGUCCAUGCGACGUGAGACGUGUGAUGUUUAAACUGUUACUGCAAGAUAACUUUCCUGUUCUGUGCUUAACUGAUUUGCGGUGAAUUGCAACAAGACUGCUUAAAGAUUCAUAAUCCAAAACCUUUUUUUUACGCGACUGCGGGAGAUAUGACUGUGUAGAAUAGGAAUGUGUGAUUGUUUUAAAUGUAACGUACCCUAUUUGCACUGAAGCUUUUAAUGUACUUUUCUAUAUAAAACACGUUUGUUGUA